AUGGACUUCUUCUCUGACAACAAUCUCAAGCCUUCCUCUUCCUCGUCCAACCAUGAUUCCUCUACUCCUCCUCAUCCUCUUGAAUUAUUCAGAGUAAACACUGGUCUCAAUCUCUUGACUACAAACGGUGACCAAUCCGUAGUGAACAAUGCGUUUGACAUAUGUUCUAAUUUUAAAGAGAAAAAAGCCAAGAUCGGCGAGUUGCUGACUGAGAUUGCUGUUCUUCGAGCUGAGUUAGAGCAGAUAAUGGGAGAAAAUCAUAAGCUGAAGGACACGUUAAAUAAGGUUAACACUAAUUAUAAUGCCUUAAAGAUGCAUUUGGACUUUAUCGAGUCUAGCAAGGGCAGUAAGGAGGACGCCGAAGAGAAUCCUGAAAACGAAAGUCCAAAAGACAAGAAACAGACUGAGAGUAACAAAGAAACCUUAGUUCCUAGGCAAUUUAUAGAACUUGGAUUAGCUUCGAUCAAUGGUGUUGGGACUAAUAGCGAUGAGCCUUCGCUUUCAUCGUCUGUAAGGAGAAGUAGUGACAGAUCAAGAUCACCCCUGUCAGUGGAAUGUAGCGCCAGAAUUAUUGGUUCUGAUGAUAAGAAGGAAUUCAACAGAGAAUUUGAAAGUAGUGAAGAAGAAACUGAUGGGAAUAUUAAUCAAAAGUAUAGUCCUCCCACAAAUGUUGAUGAUCAGCUGGAAGCCAUUAUGAGGAAGGCAAGAGUCGCAGUUAGAGUUCAAUCAGAAGCACCUAUGAUUACUGAUGGCUGUCAAUGGAGAAAAUAUGGGCAGAAGAUGGCCAAAGGAAAUCCAUGCCCAAGAGCUUAUUAUCGCUGCACCAUGGCUGCAGGUUGUCCAGUAAAGAAACAGGUGCAAAGGUGUGCAGAGGAUCGAACAAUCUUGGUAACAACAUAUGAAGGAAGUCAUAACCACGCAUUGCCUCCGGCAGCAAUGGCGAUGGCACAAACAACAGCAGCAGCAAUAAGGACAUCACUUUCAGGAUCAAUGUCAAGCAAUGAUAGUCUAAGGAAUGCAAGCUUCUUGGCAAGGACGACAUUGUUGCCUUGUUCUUCAAGUAACAUGGCAACUCUCUCAGCCUCAGCUCCAUUUCCAACUAUUACAUUGGACUUAACUAUUCCUCCAACUACACAACCUUCUACCCAAUUUCAAAUGCCUUUCUCAAAUAAUACGCCUCUUGAUUUUACUCAGGUUUUGGCUCAAGCAUUUCGUAGCAGCAAUCAAUCAAACUUUUCAGGGCUUCAAAUAAAUAACAAAGACCCUUUACAAUUGAGUGCUGCUAUAGCAGCUGACCCUAACUUCACAACAGCUUUAACAGCGGCUAUUACUUCUAUUAUGGGUUCUGCUUUGCCAAAUAAUAAUUGCAACACAACACAGCAAAUUGAUGAAGAAAUUUCCUUUUCCAGUUAGUUUAGUGACGAAUUUCUGAUGUUUUAAUAAAUUAGUGAUGGUCUUUUUUGCGGUGUAAUUUGCAAAUUUCAUUGCUAAUUCCAUUGCUG